UCGAUCAACUAAAAUCCCAACGAACUUGUACCCGUGUAAAAACCUAGACCGCCAUUGAUCUCUGCUCACACUCUCAGACAGGAAUCUAGGACUGUCUGUUUCUCUCUCUCUCCCUCCCUCUCUCUCUCUCUCUCUCUCUCUCUCUCAGGUACGGCCCAAUACCUCUCCGACAAUCAAGCGAAUCCAAAUUCAAUCAGAUUCAAAAUCCAUCGUCUUCGAGACUCUGUUAGGGUUUUAUUAGGGUUUAAAGAUUCCUUUUUUCUUCCUAAUUAUUUUGAACUUUUCUGUAUAGAGAGCUAGUCAUACACAGACAGACGUAUCGAUACACAUCAAUGGCUUACUGGAGAAGCCUCUCCACCAGAGCGGGCUUUACAGCUCGACGACGACAGAACCAUCCGUCCAUUACUCACAUUCUCCACGACGACGACCGCAAGCACGAAGUCGUUUCUGAACAAGCUUCUUCGCCGAAUUUGAAUCAUUUUCUCAGCCAAAAGCGAUUUUUCGGGAACAAUUUGAGCAGAGUAUCGGGUUUUGCCGGUUUUGCUCAAGACAGGAGGAUUUCAAAUGCUCUGCUUUCGUCCGGUUCUGGGUUCGCGUGCUCUCGAUAUAUGUCGACGGCGAUUGGCGGCGGUUCCGAUAAGGUAGAGCUGUUAAGUAAUGUAUCGGGGGUUGUAUCGGACGCGACGAUGGAAGCCGUGGCUUCUCAGGUCUCGGCAAUGAGCGAAAUUGCAAUUGCCAGCGCAGAUUCGUGGCUGCCGGUUAAGGCCUUGCAGUACUUGAUUGGUUCUGUGCAUACUUAUACUGGCUUGAACUGGUGGGCUGCCAUAGCAAUAACAACUCUUUUGAUUCGAACGGCCACAGUUCCAAUUCUAAUUAAUCAACUUAAAGCAAUGUCAAAGCUCUCUCUCAUGAAACCUCAACUGGAGGAAUACAGGCAAGAGAUGCAAGACAAGGGUAUGGGUCGUGAGGCUGUGGCUGAAUUUCAAAAGAAAACGGGGAAGCUAUAUAAGGAAUAUGGCGUCCAUCCAUUAUCUGCAAUGAAGGGAAUUUUUGUUCAAGCUCCUGUCUUCAUCAGCUUUUUCCUUGCCAUAAGUAACAUGGCUGAGAAAGUGCCAUCCUUUAAAAGUGGUGGCGCCUACUGGUUUCUUGAUCUGACAACUCCAGAUAGCUUGUACAUUUUUCCAGUUUUGGCAGCAUUGACAUUCUUACUAACCGUGGAGUGCAAUCUGCAAGAAGGUAUGGAGGGAAAUCCUGCUGCUGGCACCAUGAAAAAUGUUUCAAGAGGCCUUGCUGUUCUUACAGUUCCAUUUACCAUGACCUUUCCAAAGGCUGUAUUUUGUUACUGGGUUACGUCCAACGUGUUUUCGCUUGGGUAUGGACUGGUGCUUAAGUAUUCUGGGCUGAAGAAGGCCUUGGGUAUUCCUCAGCUGCCCAGUACUCCUCCAUCACAACGAUCACAACCCGCAUUUUCACUGUUAUCCACACUGAAGCAAGUCGCUGCAGUGACUCAGGAUACAACCUCAUCACCUGUUGAACAAUCAAAGGUUCAAGAUGGAAGAACGCCAUCGUCAUCAGUUCUCAGUCAAAGGAUUAAAACUUUAGAGAAACAAGUGAAGGGAAGAAAGAGAAACAAGAAGAGGUAGAGAAUUUUUUGAUUUUUACAAGUUCAACCGUAGGCAUGACCAUUGGUGAGGAGGUUUCAUUGCUUUACAGUUAUAAUAUAAUAUUCUUUAAAUUGGCGACUCAUUGUUUCACUUAUUGAGAGAUGGUAGGGAUCGAAUGGUUUUAAUGAGUUAGAUUAGAACUAUCAGUGCCUGUAAUUUUUGCUCAGAAAGUUUGAGAAUUUUGUGGAAGUCUUUGAGGUGGUGGUCCUUUGUAUC